UUCUUCCAGGAUCCUUCAGCAGAUCAGCAGAGCGCGCCAUUAAUGUGCGGUGCAGGAUCACGAUCAGUUUCGUCUUGACCAGGUUAAAGUUCACCUCGUGUGUGCAGUUCCGGUAUUUUUCAAACACGAGUUUUCACCAAAACACAUCCGACAGACUUGAACUGUGAAGUAUCCUCGAAUAAAAGAUGUCCGUUAGCAAGGAAACAAUGGAACUGAUGACGGCCGCUAUCAAGAGCGGAGUCAGCACCGAUGGCACUUUGGUCCGUUCAAAGUUGACCAACCGUUUGGUGUGGCGAAACCGCGAGGUGGACGAGAACGACAUCUGCUUUCCAUACCUUAGCAUGAUUGGUGGUAUUGGUGAUGGCAGUCUCGCGAUGGUCAACCCGGAACCAGUUCCGGUUCCGGAGAAAAGACGUUCGAUUCUCGGUGCACUCCAGAUCAACGAAAUACCGGAGCUCGUCGAAUCAGCAGCGAAGAACGAUGGCGGUAAUGUGGGCUUUCCAAAACGGUCCAAGCCAAUUCUGCUGACCACGGCGGGUCGUCGCAAUCGUCAGGACAAAGAGAACUGGCAGGACGAUUGGGAAAUUCUCAAGAAAUCCGGCUACUUUUGCAGUUUCUGCAAGAGCAACAAAGAAGUUCGGGAAAUCUAUCUGUCUCACAACCUGAAGGGACCGAACGGGGACGUUACCUGUCCGAUUUUGCUCGAAUGCGUUUGUCAGUGCUGUGGCCAGCAGGGCCACACUAUCUCUUACUGCCCAGGAAACAAAACCGGAACAAGCAUCUUCAAGCUGAUGAGCCGCCACAACAACCGCAUCUAGUCUGGUGGAAGUUUGCUGGUCACCCCAAUCGAUUGCUUGCUGAGAGAAAAAAAAAACGAAACUUAACAUCGAAGGAAUGCGCGGUUUUUGAUAUGUCUUUUUUACGUGUUAUUUAUUCAACUAUUUAUUUAUUUAUUCGAUUAUUUAUUGAACCACUUUUUUAGAUUAUUUAUACGCACUUUGAUUUUUUUUCAAUGCGCACAAUCGCCUAACAAACGCAAACAGACAAUCGAUUUUUAUAGAAUUUUUUUUUCGAGUAGAAGCCUCUAAGUUCAAAAUCUGAACAACACAACACAAAAUUUAUUGCAAGCUAAGGUUUUUUUCGAGUACGAAUAAUAUCUGUUAGAUUGUAAUUGCAACCCAUCUAUUUAUUGCUAAAAUACUAAACCCUAAUUUCAGAACAGUAUUUUUACCAGAGGAAAAGUUAUUCUUAAAAAAUGAACACAUUUUUGCAAAUACGAAUGUACUGAAUCCCACCUAAAAGUGACAAAAUUAUAAACUAUUGUAAGUAAUUUUUUUUAGAGGAA